AUGUCACAUAGUAAUGUUAGGUUUUCCGAUUUAGUGAAUGCCAAAAUUUCAGCAUAUAUAAGAAGUUCCGAUCCAUUAAUUGUGGCAGCUCAUAUAAUUGAUUUUGAUAUCGAAAAACAUGCCCCAUUUAUCAACGAUGAAGAUCCUGACUUUGAAUCGAAUUGUCAAGCAGCGUAUAUUAAUAACUUAGGUACUCCUAAUGCAUCAUAUUUCAUGCCAGAAAAUUUCCCAUCAGCGGCCCGAGUUACCAAUAUCAAGGGAUAUAAGGCAUGGCUAAACAACUUGAGUUCAUACAAGGGAACAUUCAUGAUACCAGAUGUAUUAUUGUAUGAUGUGCUUGUUAAUGCUGCAGUUAAAGUUGAAGAUGAAAAAUUUAGCAGAUUUAUUGAGACUUGCAGUAAUUCACAAAUAAUGCAAAAUAGGCCAAUACUUUGGAAGAGGAUAUACUUUCGAGUGAAUCAGUUACUUCCAAGGGAUAAAGGAAUCCACUCAUUCAUUAACCGAAUUUAUAAAAUUUUCAAUUCCGAAUUUCAUUAUUCUGAGAGUGAAUUAAUUCAAGAAGUCAUGGUAGCAGUUGAGACCUGGCCUGGAGAAAUUACUGCUAGGGAAUAUUCUAUAAUAGUUCAUUAUUUUUGGAAGUAUUGUCAAACACAUAUGGAAUCAUUAUGUAAUAGAAACCAAGAGUAUAAUUGUAUUAAGUUUAUUAAAACCAAACCAGAAAGAGCAUUUUUAGUUGGCAGUGUUGCAAAUUCGAAAUUUUAUGCUGAUUUUGAAUGGGGGCAAUUUAUCGAAGAUAUGUAUAAUGAAUGUCUGGUUGUCAGAGAAUUUGCCCCUACUAUUCAAACAAGGGAAGAAGAAGAAGAAGAAAUAAACCCUGAUACUACUAGUGAUAAUAUUAUUAAGACACCAUCAUGUGGAUUUUGUGGAGAGAUCAAUCAUAAAGUGAAAUCUUGUGAAAAAGUAUUACAGAAUAUUCAAUUAGGUAACCUAGUAAAAGAACAAAGUAGAUAUUUCUUAUCUGAUGGUACAAGAGUUGUCUUCAAUCCAAUCUUACCACCAGCUUUGAUCAGGUAUCAAGACCGGUUAAUUGGUUAA